AUGAUGCCCCAUGGUCAAGGGCAAAAACACAACAUGUUAGGGGGAGGCCAUCGGACCCAAAGAAAUACACAGGUCCUCAUGGGUGCGCAAGUUCCUGAGGAUGCGGGGGAGGAAGCAGCAGUCCCUGCUCCCUGUGCAUCUCCAUCCUCCCAUGCUGUAGUUGGGCCCGCACCAGAUGAAGGGCAGCGGCUUGUGACACCAAGCUGUCCUCAGAAUCCUUGGGGCAUUUUCUCUCCCCCAACCACUGUGGGGUCCAAUCAAGGGUGGCAAUGUAGAAACAGUUCUAGAGAAGGUGUGGAGGGCCAGAGCCGGUCAGAGGACUCAAACUUGGCUCAGGUCCUGCGCCACGUGUGUCUAAAUGACAAGUUAGAUAAAUUGGUGCCAUUCCUGCUCCGCAAGUAUCAAAAGAAGGAGCAGGUCACCAUGGAAGAAAUGCUGUGCACUGUGGACCCUGAUUACCAUGAGCAAUUCCCUCUGAUCUUCAGGGACUUCUGUGAGUGCAUGUGUCUGGGCUUUGGCAUUCGUAUGAGGGAAGUGGAUGCCGCCAGUCACCUAUAUGAGCUUGUGCCCUUCUUGGGCCUCACUUAUAAUGGAUUACUGAAUGAUGAUUAUGAGAGCUUUCCACAAAUCAGUGUCCUCAUAGUCAUCCUGACGGUCAUCUUCAUCAAAGGCAACACUGCCAGUGAGGAGGAGAUAGCACAAGUACUGAGAAUGAGGAAGAUGUUAGCUCGGAGGGAUAAUGUUGCAAUUGGGGAGCCCUGGAAAUUCCUCACUGUGGAUUUGGUACGGGAAGGGUACCUGGAAUACCAGCAGAUUCCUAAUAGUUACCCUGUUCGAUAUGAAUUCCUGUGGGGUCCAAGGGCUCAUGCUGAAACGAGCAAGAUGAAACUCCUACAGCAUUUGGCCAGGAUUCAUGGGAGAGAUCCCAGGUCUUACCCAGUUCUGUAUGAUGAGGCUUGGAGAGAGGAGCAAGAUAGGGUCAGAGCCCCUGAAUGGUAA